AUGAUAGUGUAUGGGUUUAUCGUAUUUUUUACUUUGCUGUUUGUAGUUAGUGGGGUACUGGAAUAUAUGCAUAGGAGAGGUUCGCGGAAGACAGAAUAUAUACACUCAAAAAGGAUUAGAAAUAAGAAACUUGCAAAUGUGGUUAUGCAUGGGCAUAUUAUAAAAGAUUCUUUUUGGUCAGUAUUCGUUAAUUUCUAUCGCAAAUUAAAAAUAAUAAAUAAAGUCAUUGUACGAUAUAUAUCAUAUAAUGAAUCAAAGUUAGCUAAAAAGCAUUAUAAAGAAACUAAAAAAAAUGAUAUCCCACAAGAAAAAAAUAAUGAAAAUGCUAAAAUAAAAACUAUUUAUUUUAUUAGACAUGCAGAGUCUAUAUGGAACAGUGUCAUAAAUCGAAAAUUAUCAACACAAAAGGUUGUUGAUAUAGGGUUAUUAUUAUUAUAUGAAGCAUGCCUUUUAUUUAAUGAAAAAUCAGUAAUAGUCGAUUCUCCUUUAAGUAAUGCAGGUGUUAUGCAAUCAGUAGAAUUAUUAAAUUUUUUGAAUCAGGGUCAAAAUGUAAUUAAUCAGGAACACCUAGUUUGUUAUAGAGACACAUGUAAUAAUACCAAGGAGGAUGAUUUAAAAGAUAAAAGUCAGAAAAACGUGGAAAUUGAUAAAAAAGAUUCUUUAAAAGGUCGUGAUAAAAAAUCAAAAAGGAAAAGAAAAAAAAAAACUGAUGAUAUAUCAAAUAGCACCGAAAAAAAAAAAAAAAAAAAAAGUGAGUUAAAGAAAACAUUAGAUGGUGAGUAUUUUAAUAUCUUACUUGAAACUCUAAAUAAAAAUAAUAAAUCAGACGAUGCUAUGACCACUAAAAAUUCAGAUAAUGAAAAUGAUAGCGACGAAACUGAUGAAGAUGCCGAUGACAGUGAAGAUGAUAAUGGUGAUUAUACAUAUGAUAAUGAAAAGGAAUAUGAUCCUGAUGAAAUAAUAAAAUUGAGUAUAGAAGAUCAUAUCAAAAUUAUUAAUAACACUUCACAAUAUGAAAGUUCUAUAUUGUGCUCUGAUUUAAGAAGAACAAUAUCUACCUGUUUUAUUUCCCUAAACAAUAGAAUUAGUACAAAUAAGGAUAGUAUUAAUAUUUUAAAUUCAUUACAAGAAAUUAGCAGGAACCCUGAUUGUGUUCCACUAUUCCCAUCUUAUGGCAAUAAAUAUGUUAAACCAGAAGUCGAAAGCGUUUUUUAUAACAAAGUUGGAAAGUUGCUUAAAACAAAAAUAAAAUUGAGGAAUAAAACAUCAGAAAAUAAGUUUAUUGAUACACUAGACUAUAUAUUUUCUCAAAGCGAUGAUAUUUUUAUUGUAUUUGGUCAUAGUAAUUGGUUUAGGUUAUUUUUUAAUAUUUUUUUGAAGACGCCUCAUAUAUCUAAAACAAAUAAAAUAAAAAAUUCGGGAAUAGUAGUAUUCAAUAUGAUAAAAUCGGAUAAUAACGGUACUCCGUAUUAUGAAGUUCAAGAAAAUAGUGUUAGAUCGAUAUACAAAGGAUUUGAAGAAAGCGAAAAUGAAGAAUUUCAAAAAGCGGGAUAA